CUCGUAGUCUGUGCACGAAUCUGAGGCCGCGCAGGCGCAGUGUUAUGACGUGACGUAAUGGUCCAUUCAUACUUUUUGUUCAUUCAAUGAGACAAAUAUUUUAUUGACUAAGUGUUGUGUAAAUCAAAUUACAAUAGCGACUGUUUAAGUCAAGUCUUAUAUGAAAGUUGUAAUUAGCUUUAUUUUCCUGUGAAGUGAAUAUUUGUGUUUUUAAAACGUAAAAUGCAUUCAUUGAUAAAAUAAAGUGCACAUAUUGAGCACAUGCGCAAUGCAACUCAUAUUAAUUUACUUUUAAAUGUGAUUUAAAUGUUUAGUUAUGUGAAUUAUAAAAUUUGUUGACUUGUGUGUUGGUCGUAACUGUUUUGUUACUUGAGCUAGUUGAAAACAGGCCCAAGUAGAACAUUACGACACUCCGGAAGUGGCGGGACAAGCCGGCCGAGGGGCUCGUUCCGAAAGAGAUAACAGCGGAUGAAAGAGAUAAACAGUUAUGGAUUUAACAUGGCGGACGAAACGCGUAAAGUGCGAGUAGAAGAAAGAUUGAAAAUUAAGAUUGGUGAAGCUAAGAAUCUACCAGCUCGCAACAAUGGCGCCGCCUCCCACCGAGAUAUAUACUGCGUGCUGUCACUCGACCAAGAAGAGAUAUUCCGAACAUCCACAAUGGAAAGAACACUUGACCCAUUUUUCGGUGAGGAAUUCCAGUUCGAGGUGCCGCGGAGGUUCAGAUAUCUUUCCAUAUACGUGUUCGAUCGCGACAAACAUCUCAAGCAGGACAAGGUGCUCGGGAAGGUCGCCAUCAAACGCGAGGAUCUCCAGAGGUACAAUAACAAGGACCACUGGUUCGCUCUGCGACCAGUCGACGCGGAUUCCGAGGUGCAAGGGAAGGCAUAUAUCGAACUCACACUCGAGGAUUCCAGGAAACGUCUGCGCAUGGACCCCAAACCACCGGACUUGGACCCCGCGGACAACGGCUCGACGAAGACGAAAGCCAAUAAUUUGACUAGGUUAUCAGAAUAUUGUAAAGAGAGCAUUAGAUUCGGUUCGGGUUCGAGCACGAACAGGAAGAAUCUACUAAGUCCGGUGUCGACUGAACCUUCGCUGGCUCUUUCCCGAUCGGAGAGUCUGAAGGACCGAGCUCAGUGGGCAGUGAGGACGAAACCGCCCAUGCAUGCCAUGUCCGAGUCGGACACGUCACCCACACCCACCGCCGCCGACUACUGGUCGGACCCCGAGAGACACUGCGCUGCGAGAGUGGGCCCCGACACUCUGCGGCUCCGAGUGCUGGAGUGCUCUGAACUCACAACCAAAAACGGCCAGUGCGACCCCUUCGCUCUCGUCACACUACUGUACUCGAACGGUCGGAGAGUCGAGAGGCGCACUAAACCCAAGAAGAAAACCGUCAACCCUCAGUUUGAUGAAAUCUUCUGUUUUGAUCUCGUGAUGGAGGCUGAUCCGAAGGACAAGGAUGGUUCACAAACGGCCGGCGUAGCUUGUGAAGCGAGAGUGUCAGUGUGGCACGACGGAACCACACCAGUAUUUCUAGGCGAAGUUAGGUUGCAGUUACGGCAGCCGGCGCCAUCACCUCUAUGUGCCUGGUAUUUCCUAACGUCUCGCGCGGGCGGAGCCCUAUCCCGCGGCGCGACGCCCCCCGGGACUCGACUCUCAGCCGCUGGCAGCCCAACUCUGGGUUCCCUGCGGCUGCUACUCCAGUACACCGUGGAUCACGUGUUCCCAUUGCACCACUACACUCAGCUCGAGGACCUGUUUCUCAGGAGCGUACAUCAGAAGCCCAUAACGACAUCAGCCGUGUACAUCCUGGGCGAGAUCGUGUCCAGCAAGACGGACGCCGCCCAGCCUCUGGUGCGGCUCUUCACGCAUCACGACCUCAUAGUGCCCAUCGUCAAGGAGCUGGCCGACGCUGAAAUAUCAGUACUCACAGACGCGACGACGAUAUUCCGCGGGAACACUCUCGUGUCCAAGAUGAUGGACGAGGCGAUGCGUCUGACGGGCGCGUCCUACCUCCGCGGCGUGCUGAGGCCCACGCUGGCCGCCGUGCUCGCCGAGCGGAAGCCGUGCGAGAUAGACCCCGCCAGGGUCAAGCCGGCCGCCGCCGUAGCCACCAACCUCGCCAACCUCAAGGAUUACGUCGAAAGGGUGUUCUCAGCCAUCACGGAGUCGUACGCGCAGUGCCCCGCCGGCAUGUGUCGCCUGUUCGACGCCCUCCGGCAGUGCGCCGCCCGUCACUUCCCCGCCAACGCCGAGGUCCGCUACUCGGUCGUCUCCGGGUUCAUAUUCCUGAGGUUCUUCGCCCCCGCAAUACUCGGACCUAAGCUCUUCGAUCUUACCACGGAACAAAUUGAUCCACAAACAAACCGCACGCUAACCCUGAUCUCCAAGACCAUCCAGUCCCUCGGGAACCUGGUGAGCAGUCGCUCCGCCCAGCAGGUCUGUAAGGAGGAGUACAUGGCGGAACUGUACCGCAGCUUCUGUACAACAAGACAUGUACAGGCUAUCAAACAGUUCCUCGAGAUAAUCUCAACCAGCUCGGACACGCAGAACAAUAACGUCCAAGAGACUCCAGUUCUGCUCAAAGAGGGUACGAUGAUCAAGCGGUCGGAGGGGGUGCGGGCGGGGGCGGGGUCCCCGCGGAGACGGUGGGCGCGCUCCGCACACCCGCACUGCAAACGGAGGCACUUCCGGUUGACGAGCGGUGAGUUGUCGUGGUCUCGGUGCGGCGCGCGGUCCGGUGCUCACCGCCUGGCGCUGUCCGGUGUCCUGAGCGUGUCGCCCGUGGACUGCCCGCCGGCCGGGGCGCCGCUCGACGCUAAUAACAUCUUCCAAAUAGUGCACCGCGAGCGUGUGUUGUUCGUACAGGCGAGUAACUGCGUGGAGCGAGCUGAGUGGCUCAGGCUACUGUCGGCGCUGUGUCGACACUCACCCACCGCACACCAUCGAGGGUACUAUGGAGAUAACCGGUGGACGUGUUGUGGUCGUACUGAAGCCGACGCUGAGGGUUGUGGCAGCGGCAGCGCUGCUCUAGCGCUGCGGUUAGACCCGGCGAGGGACUUACAGCGGCUGCAUGCGCUCCUCGUCGCUCACGUGCAGCGGCUGGAGGAGCGUCUCCAUCGACCACCAGACGACACGAGCCCUGAGGAGCGGGAAGCAGAGGCGGUGACGUUACGGGAGCUGGAGAAGAUAAUGUUCGACCUUGAACAUCGACACUGUAUAUACAGACGAUCCUUGGCCAGGGAGACGAAGUAUGGAAGCAAACAAGCUCCUAUCGGUGAUGACAACUAUCUUCACCUCGCCGGAGCGGCCGGGAGCGUGGACAGUGGGUCAUUUUUCUUCCGAACGUGGAGAGGUGACUCGUCCCCAACGAUCGAUCUCGACGGGAAGACGCUCCCGCUACAAUCAUCACACGACAUCUGCUCCAGUACGGAGUCCUUAAAACUGGCUCGGCACGGCGACGAGCGGUCCUCUGGCAAAUCGAAUAAGUCUACCGGCAGCGGGUACCUCACUAUGUCGUGUAUCAAACACGAGCCGUCUGAAGAUAGCGACGCCUCCAACGACAGGCCGACACGACCGCCCAAGCCCGCGCGACUGUCACCCUUCCGCGCGCCUCUCGCCUGUCCCCCCGCUCCUCUCUCCGAGUACGUCGACGUCGAGCUUAAGCCCCCUGUACGAAGACCGAAGCCUGAGCCCACGCCGCCCAGGAGGCCCGACCACGAUAUAUCGAAUCGCUGUAAGGAAUACGAAUUGAUGGCUAACUUCAUGAGCCACUCCCAGACGUCGGACGACGACGCGCCGCCGGCGGUCCCGCCGCGCGGUCAGACGAUAUCUCGAGUGCGUUUGCAGCCCAAACCCACUGACAUAGAUGUCACGAAGUCGGACGAACACGUUACGUUUCGGCAGAAACCGGCGAGCGGCUCCACGGCCAGCCUGCCGCGAGGAUCGCCAGCGGAGGAAACCAGGAAUCUCUCGGACGGCGAGGACGGUCGACCGCCCAGCAAAAUAGACACCGUCUCCAACGACGACAGUCUCCUCGACGAACUACAGAGGGACACUUACUGCGUACUGAAAGUGUGCGAAGACGAGGCUCCGGUCGACGACGACUACCAGAAUGCCAAGACCGAAGAGACGCAAGGAGGCAAAGACAAGGAGGAGUACGGCAUGUUCUCGAGGAUCAGUCUGCAGAGGAAAUCGAACCCUAUCAAGACACAGCCGAGCUCCAUGAAACCGUUAAAAACUUCCAAUUCCACAUCGAACGUCCAAGACGCCGGCACACAUUCCUCCAGGCCGCUCACUGAACGACUGACUCCGUUUUUUCUGAAGAAGAAGCCGAAAACGUCGGAGGACUCGAGCAAGCCACGGAAAGAGGACAAUUUAAUCGGCCGGUUGACGCCGCGGUUCGGCCAGUCGCGGCUGUACGGGCGCGGACAGUCGCUGGAGCUGGUGCCGCCGGAGACUCGUCCGAGACGCAUAGAACGUUCCGCCACCACCGUCACCAUCCCCACGCGACCCAUCAACUCCUCCAUAGUGGCCAACCUGAAGUUUCUGACGCUGCAUCGUUACGGAGCGACGGACGAAGUGCAGUGCCACGCGUUCGUUCGCAGCGGAGAGGAACCCGGCGCCGGCGUGGGCGGCGUGGGUGGCGUGAGCGACGUGAGCGCGCCCACGGAAUCUGAAGACGAUUCGUGGCGCCGCGUCGGCGGCCCGCUCCUGACCGCCACUAGCGACAUCCGCCUCUAGCGACCAGUCUUCGUGUGAUUUUCCGGUGCGAUUAUGGUGCGAUUGUAAAUUAUUUGAACUGUGGUUGUAUUUAUUACUAUAUUUUUGGAACUUCUUUUCGUCGACCUGAAGCAUGUGCCUCCUAUAGCGUGUAGAUGUAUUUGUGUAUUUUUUGAACGAGUGUACCGAGACGUUUUAUUAUAUGAUAGUGUUAAUACUCACAAGGUGCCAAGUGUGAUGCGAUCCAGCCCGGCGGCCGCUCGACUCUCAUUCCUCCAGCACGAUGAUAUCGCAGAGCUGAAUAUUAUAAUUAUAAUAGGAUGAAAUUAAUUUUAUCUUUCUGUGAUCGGUGUCGAUGUCCAAGAUUGAAUCUAUUUAAAUAAAAUAGUUUACUCCGUGUAUGUAUUUGUAUAUUAAUUCGUUGUAAAUCGUACGAGCCGUUGUAACAUGGCUGCGUCGGGACGACAGUCUGCAGCGUCGAGUUAUGUGGAUAUCUGGAUACAGAUAUAAGUAACAGUAACAAGCUCCAAUAUGCUCAGAAGUAAAAAUAUCAUUGUGUAUAUGUGAUAUAACGUUCUCUCUUAAUGUAAGAUUAGAAAUUUUAUUAUUACAUUUAUAUUGUAUAGAGAAGAACAUAUUUUCAAAUUAAAGAAAAAAAAUUAUAACGUCUGAUUUAUUAACUAAUGACACUUUCAAAGUUCUGCACCGUUACGAUAAUGUACUUAAAAUUGAUAUUGUUAAUGGGGUGGUGUACAAGUUAUUUGGAUUUUUUUUUGUAACGGCCGUCUCCCGCUGUCGCGUUUCUAAAUCUGUUGUUGAUUGUAAAAAUAUAUAUUCUUAAUGUUAUGAUAAAUGAUGGCCUUAGCGUUCUGACUUGCCUACUAUAUAUGGCCUCUAGGAAUACCACAAAACUGUGAUUCACUUUACAACUCAACUGAUAUUUUAAAUUUACGUUUUUUUUCUGUAUGAUACUUUUACAACGCACGCACUAACGGAACGUCUGAUUGAACGUUUUGUUUAAAUUAAAUUUUAAGAGGAUGACUGUCAGAAGUGUAAUAUGAGAAUGGAAAUGAUUAUUUUAAGAAAAAUAUGUAAUGUACAAAUGAAUAUUUCUUUAAAAUAUAUUAUUAUGUUAUUUAUUUCACCUAUUUCACUUUGUUAAAAAAAUUACAUAUAUAAGUUUAAAUUUUAAAA